CCUCCAAGCAUUGCUUGAUCACGGCGUAGACUGGGAUUCAAAAACUACCAAGGGUGUAUAGCGCUCCAAAUCUGCGUAAUCAAACGUUGAAUGGAUGUCGCCGCAUUGCUUCUCAUUGUAGACGUAGAUAUCGAGGCGGAGAAAGACCAUGGGCUAAGGCCCGUUCUCGAAGUAAUUUAUCAUAAAAGAAUAGCUUUUAUUGCUAGAGGUGACAAUAAUUCAACGCGUUGUACCAUUCGGCUCGAGUUUUCUGAAGCGAACGCACUCUGCAUGGCUGUCUAUAGAGGUGACAGAAACAUGGUACAGACGCUGUUCUCUUGUGGUGCUGAUCCACAGGAACGGCAUGGCGGCGCCAGGACUAGCUGGUGAACGGGGUCAAUGCUUGACCUCGGAGCUGCUGAGAAAACAAAUUGAGGCUAUGGGGAGUGAUAAAGCUCACGACUUCAAUUCCAUCCUCAUUCAGUGAUCACUGAUAUGACGCAAAAACUAACCAACGAACAAGGGGCAAACUGAACUGAACGAAACGGCCGAGUGGACUCGACUGAGGUCAG